CUAAUGCAGCACAAACAACAAGCCAGGAGACACAAAGCUCUAUGUUUACUGCUACCACAGAAACAGAACCUACAACAACAGUUCAAUCAUCAUUUACAACAGCUACAUCCCCAAUGCCCACCUCCACAUUAGAAUCACCUACAAGUGAAAGUGGAUCGACCGUGCAAACUACUAUGUAUACAACAGGUACCUCUCCAUCUUCACCAUUUACUUCAACAGAAGGACAAAGAACAUCAGAUUUAACUUCAACAGAAAUAUCUUCAUCCACUGUAGAGCAAACAACAAGCCAGCUGGUUCAAACCACUCUGUUUAGUUCUACCAUAGAAACAGAACCUACAAUGACAGCUCAAUCAACAUUUACAACACCUAUGUCUCCUAUAACCACAACCACAUUUGAUUCAUCUACAAGUGAAAAAAGUUCAACAGUGGAAUCUACAUCAUCCUCGAUAGGUACCUCUCCAUUUUCAAUGUCUAUUAUGACAGAAGGACAGAGAACAUCAGAACUCCCUUCAACAAGAACUGAAAUAUUUUCAUCUGCUAUAAAAGAAACAACAGUCCAGCAGUCAGAAUCCACUCGGUUUACUUCUACCACAGAAUCGGAACCUAAAACAGCAGCUGUAUCAGUAUUUACAACAGCUUUUACCCCUAUCAGCCCAUCCACAUUAGAAUCUUCUACAAAUGAAAGUGGAUCAACAGCAGAAACUAUAUUGUCCACAACAGGUACCUCUCAAUUUUCACCAUCUACUAUAACAGAUGGACAAAUCACAUCAGGAUUCACUUUAUCAAUACAUACGUUGUCAUCUAGUGUAGAACAAACAAGCCAGCAAACACAAACCACUCAAUUUCCUCCUACCACAGAAACAGAUUCCAUGAGCACAUCCACAUUAGAAUCGUCUACACUUGAAAGUGGUUCUACACUGGAAACUGCAAUUUCCACAAGUAAAUCUUCAGCUUCACCACCACCAUUGUCGACGACUAAAGGACAAACCACAUCAAAAUUGACCUCAUCUAUAACAGAAAUAUCGUCAUCUAGUAUAGAACAAUCAACACGCCAACAGACACAAAGCACUCAAUUUACUUCUACUACAGAAACAGAAUCUACAAUGACAGGUCAGUCAGCAUUUACAACAGCUAUGUCACCCAUGAGCACCACAUUACGAUCAUCUACACUUGAAAGUAGUUCAACAGUGGAAACUACAUUACCCACAAUAGGUUCAACUCUAUCUUCACUAUUUACUACAACAGAAGGGCAAACUUCCCAUAAUCCUCAAACAAUAACCUCAGCUGUUACAGCCCAAACAUUUAGCAUUUCUACAUCAUCCCAGCCAAGCCCUUCUGCUGAAACUAGUACCCAGAAAACUUCAUCAAUAUCAACAGAACCUCAUUCAUCUGCAACAACUCUCAUCUCAGUUUCAACAACUCAAAGCUGUCUGGAGAAUUGUCUGGAGAAGUGUAAUGGGUCCCCAUGCAUCUUUAAUGUAACAUCUGGGGAAUGUCAGUGUCAGUGUAAUCCUUUCACUUUUGGAGAGAACUGCAAUUUUGUAAAUGACUCUUCUUCUAUUACUUGGUCUGAAAGCAGGCCCACAAGGAAUGCAAACGUCUCUCUCAGAAUUAUGAUGGACUAUCUUCCUGGUUAUGAAAAUGUGAACUCUUCAGAAUCAAAAAAACUAAUUUCCAUCUUAAAACAUGAGCUUUCAAUCCUUUGUAAAAGAGCAGAUGCACCGAAUUUCAAAGAUGUGCACAUUCAUAAGCUUGUGCGAGGAAGUGUCAUUGCUGAAAGUACUGCAGUAUAUAACUAUCCCAACAAUGACUCACAAAUAAUGUUUCUAAAUAACUAUUUGGAAUACACCCUGGAAACAAUCUUUAACGACACAGAUUCAUUAAAAAAUCUCAGCAUAGCUCUUAAUGCUUCCAUCCAAGUUGACCAAAUAACCAUGGGGCCAGUUAUAAUAUCAAAUGUUUCAGAUCUGCAGUCAUUUGUGAAAUGCGCAGUGGAUUUUGCAAACUUAACGGUAGAAAUGGAAGAUGGAGCGUGGGUAUGUACGGGAUCAUGUAAAAAUAAUUCUGCAUUCUGCAAUCAACGAGGUGUAUGCCUAAAUCAAAAAAAUGGACCACAGUGCAGGUGUUACAGUUCUCCCUUUGAGAAGUACCAUGGAGAUCAUUGUGAGCUUUACAGCAGAGGGGCCGGUUUCUACGCUGUUCUCUUUGGCUGUUUAGCAGCUUUUGCUCUACUUAUCAUUGUCUUUGGUGUGAUGAUUCUGGUGCUCUACAGAGCCAAGAGCAGAACAUCAAGCAAAAGGAGAUUAUCACUUUUUGAUGAUGUCUUCUUCGAUUUUACAUCAAGAGGAUCCAUAGACAGUGAUUAUGGGAUUCAAAAUUUGUCAGUCACGGAAGAUUCAGCACCUGGGUCUUUCAGCUCAUACCAUGAAAAUACACCUGUGCGAUAAAGACCGGAGCAAAUUAAGUGGUGGAUGCCUGAUGAACAGAAAGCACAUUUUAUUUAAAAAAAUUGUAUUUAAAAUAUUUAUAAAAUAAUCUCAGGAAACCAACAUAAUUAUACAUACAUUUACUGGGUUGAUUUCAGAUUAUGUAUCUUAAGACUUUCAAAGC